AGACUUCUGAUGGACAAAGACUGGCACUUUUUGAUACCCACCCCCACCCCACACUUUCAAGUCUCAACUCUCCUUUUCCUUAAGAGGUGACGCCUCUCUAGUCUAGUCUCUACUACACAUAAGAAAAGAUUGUACAUCGAACUAUGGUAAACUCUCUUAAUUAUUGGGGAAGGCAACAGAAUGGGGGAAAGCUACUCUUUCUCUCUCUCCCGCGUCGUACACAGCAAAACUGUCCCAUUGCAAUUUGGGAAAUGAAGUGAAAGAAAGUGCACACACAAACAGAAACAAAAAACCCAUAGGUGUGAGGUGUAAGUGUUCUCUACCAUUUUGUGUUGUGCUAAAAAAGACUAAAACUUGUUGCUGUUGAAGAUGCCAAGGCCAGGCCCUAGACCUUACGAGUGCGUUAGGAGAGCUUGGCACAGCGAUAGACACCAUCCCAUAAGAGGUUCCAUUGUUCAACAGAUUUUCAGGGUCGCCAAUGAGUCUCACAGCGAUGUAACCAAAAAGAACAAAGAGUGGCAAGAGAAGCUCCCUAUCGUUGUUCUGAAAGCAGAAGAAAUCAUGUACUCCAAAGCAAAUUCUGAGGUUGAGUAUAUGAGUCUUGAAACACUAUGGGACAGAGUAAAUGAUGCCAUUAACACAAUCAUUCGGAGAGAUGAGAGCACUGAAACCGGAGAGCUUUUGCCGCCUUGCAUUGAAGCUGCCCUUAAUCUGGGCUGUGUUCCGGUGAGGGCUUCGAGAAGCCAAAGGCACACUAAUCCUAGGAGUUACCUUACGCCGAGAACCCAUGAGCCCCCUUCUGCACCUGCUAGAACUACUUAUGAACAUCGGCCUCAGUUGUCGCCAGUUCACUCCGGAAACCCGUUAAACCUUUCAAGAGCCACUUCCAUAAAUUCUGCUCGUUUUGUUUCGGAAUCUAACUGCCAUGUCAACCCAAAUGCUAACCUCACCGCCCCUCGGACUUACCCUUUCUCAUUAGAGAGCGUUCCUGCUGGUCGUAACCAGUUGAUGACCAUGGAAAGUAACACCCCAUUGAACUUGGGUACAGUGUAUCCAUUGUACUAUGGAACUCACUAUCAAACUGGAGAGUCUCAAUUAGGCUCCCGGGUCCCAGAAGAGCCACAUUCCGAUACUAUAUAUGUUGGCACACCAAUCAGAACAUCAACUUCAGAGCCUGCCGAAAUUGGUGUCUUGCAGAACCUUUUCGCCUGUAAGAACUCUGAAAAUACUUCAAGAGGCUUUGCGCAAGACACCCAGGAGAAGCCACGGGAGAGAGAAUGUGAUUUAUCUUUGAGGUUGGGUCUAUCUUCUCACUCCUGUAUGAACAUUGACAAAAGUUUAGCUUGUGAAACUGAAGAUGUUGGUUCAACUGGUUCUCAAGAUGGGGGGAAGGUUGGUGAUUUGUCUCCACAGACAAAGGAGUUCUGUUUUUUCCCGAGGCAGGCUGCUAAUGAUCCCUUUGAGUCUAGUUCAAGAGAGUGGAAUUCAAAGGGUGAAGGUCAGAAUUCGGAGGCAACAAUGAGGAAGCGUAAGGCGCCCGAUGAUGGGCAAUUUUGCUGGCAAAUGGAGCUUCCAUCUGACCGGUUUACCGGUCAUAGUGAAGGGCGAGGUUUGUAGACAUCUUUCUCUUUUGUAGUAUAUAUGCUUUGAAAUCCAAGAUGCCCUGGCAUUUGUUGUUAAAUCCUCUCUUCUGACCUCUAAAUCUCUGUAGCUCUAAUUGUGAACUUCUAGAAGCAGACGGUUGCGAGCUGCAAUGGUGCAAAAUGUCAAUUUUGUAAAGAAAAUCUUGGUUCAUUCACACGGAGUAGUUAAAUGAGAAAGAAAAUAUGUAGCCAGUAGUUUAAGCUAACAACAUCUAACCGAUUUAAUUGGAUUAAUUUAGCAUUGUGUUGUGCAAA